AUGAGGAAUACAAAUAUUUGUAUGUUGAUUUUAAUUUAUAAAAAGAUGAACAAAGUUUCAAAAGAUGAAAUAACUAUAUCUAUUUAUUUAUUUAUUUUUAUAUAUGUAUAUUGUUAUGGACUCCAAAAAAAUUGGAAAUUGAUGUUAUAAGCUUACUUAUAUUAAUGGAUAAGAUUUUUAGUUAAGAAGAUUAUUAUAGAUGAGGUAAGAUAAAAUAUCUUAUUAGUUAUUAUUAUUAUUUUUUUUAUUUUUAUAAUUAUUAUUAUUAAUAUUAUUAUCAUUUAUUUUUUUUUCACUAUGGUAUUUUUAUUUUAGUCAGGAUGUAAUCCUCUGAUUCUAAGUAUCUGUACUGGCUACUCUAAACAAUAAUAACUUUCAAUUUAUAGGUUAUGUAAUGUCUUGGAUUUUUUUUGUUUGAGGCAAUAAGAAGAUAAGUAAUAAGCCACCUCAGUCAAUUUCGUUUGGCCUAAGUUUUUGUUAGGAUGGGAGUAGAAGAAUUAAUUUUAUUAAGAAAAUAAAAAGAUUUAAAGUAAAACUAAAUUUUUAUCUAUCUUAAUGAAAAUGUUUCUCUAUUCCAAUGAUCUAACAAGGAAUAAAUAAUGUUAGUUGGCAGCUUAGUAUAUAUGUUAGGCUUAAUACUGA